AAAGAAAGAGCGGCCCUGACCCUGACAGGAGCCCUUGGAUCCUUAAAUCCAAUAGACUUAUUGGUGCCCAAUCGAUCAUUCGCUCGCAGUCAAUCAAUCCAUUCGACUCGCAUCGGCUGCUCGAUUGUUCAACCACGUUGCCUGGGGUAGCUCGGUGUAUUCCGUACGCUGGAGCCCUUUUUGCUGCAUCUCGCAGAACGCUGUCUGUCAUCCCGGACAAGGACGGCAGCAGUUGGGCGGCAACUUUAACUUCCAGGUUAUUGCCUGUCCACAGCAUGCGAUUGCUCUGCUGUGUUUUCCGCGCGGACCACAGCAUGUGCUCCUAAGCGAUAAUGUGGGCACAGACUCACCAGGCCGCGUCAGGCAGCUCCGGAGGAGCAGUGCCGCAGCAGCUGCGGUCUGUGCCGUCCGCGACCCCGCCACGGGGUGCAGCUGACGCUGGCGUUGGAGCUGCUAGAGCUGCCGCGAGCAGCCCAAGCAAGCCAACAACAGCCUCCAGCUUCGCUCCGCCCUCCGGACACGUCCCCUCCGCCCCCGGCUCCGAGGGCACAUUCCUGCUUGUCGACGAUCCCUCAGCCGGAGGCAACCGAGAUUCGUUCGCUUCCAUUGUCGAUGACCCUUUUUUCCUGCGUUAUCACGCCGUCGACCCCGACCCCGACCGCGACCACAACCACGACCCUGUUCUCGCGCCCGCUCCCUCUGCCGCCCCCGCUCCCGCUCCCGCGCCCGCGCCCGCGCCCGCAUCCAUCUCGAACCCCGGCGCUUCGGGCGCCCCGGCGACGCGUGCUGGCCACCGCAAUGAAGCUCGAGAACAACCGUGGAUCCCGCCUCGCAAGGAAUCUCUGAGCGACACCAAUCCGACUCCCUGGUUCGAGCAUGCCAAACCCGCCAUGGAACCCAUCAACAUUGCCGUCAUCGGCGCCGAAGGCGUGGGCAAGUCUACCUUCAUCCAGCAACUGCGUCAUGCUCCGAGACCGUCGACGCUGAACAUUACCACCUCGCGCCACACUGUCGACGGCACCCCCUAUCUCGUCACGCUCGUCGAGCUCGACCUGGAGGGCAUCGAGCUGGACCCGAACCAGCCCGUACACUGGCCCAAACAGAUCGGAGGACACAUGGUGCCGCGCAUGGACGGCGCCAUGAUCUUGUACGAUGCCGUGAAGGAGGACAGCAUGCGCGAGGUGCCGCCAAUAAUGGCCGCCCUGGCGAAUUCCUUGCUGCCCACCAUCCUUGUAGCUACGAAAUGCGACACGCCCGACGAUCUGCGGCAUCCGGACUUGGCCGGUCUCGCAUCCGCCUUUCCUACGUGUGCUGGCCAUUUUAGAACUGCGUCCAACGCGCCGGGCAGCGCCCGGGAGUGCCUGCAAGCUAUGCUACGCGCUGCGCUGGCCAGCCGGAGAGACAAGUCAGAAGGCUCGGGUCCCAGGAGGCGGGCGGCCUCGACGGCGAAUCUCGAUGCGCCUGUUGACAUUCAUAAUGGCCGCCCCAUCAGCCAGCACAGUAAGCACAGCAGGGCCAGUUCGGAUUUCUCGCUGCUUCGAGGCUUUUCACAACCACCCAACGACGGCCAAUAUAGAGGCGGGCAGGCUUCGAGGUCCCCGAGGCCGGAUUACCACCCCGCUUCAUCUGGCAGCAGCCUGAGCCCGGGCAGCGCCAUCCCCGAGGACGGGAAGCAACAGACGGUCUCGAGCAUGCUACGCACGCCGGGCAUCCGGUUGGACGGCAGGGGCGAGUCGUUUCUCGACGUGGACGAAUCCGACGGAGAAUCCUACCAGUACUCAGACGACAUACCGAUCCUGCAGCGUGCCGACGAGAGCACUGCCGACAAGCCAGCCAAGGCGGUAGGCGUGAGCUUUGACGAGCUGGUCGACAGGCUGCUCGCGCCGAAGAUGUCGAGAGCAGACCAGAAUUUUGCCGACGUCUUUCUCUGCCUGUACCGGAAGUUUGCCGCGCCCGCCCAGCUUCUCGCCGCGGUCCGCGCCCGGCUAGACCAGUUGUGGGGCGACCGGACAGCGCAGUGCCUGGUCAGGACGGAGGCGCAGAUGCGCAUCAUCGAGGUGGUGGCAAAGUGGCUAUCGCUGUACCCAGGCGAUUUUGCGAGGCCUGCCGCAAGGAAGGGCCUGGAGGAGCUGAUUAGGCAGCUGUCGACGGAGCCCGUGUUUGUCGCCGCCGCGCGGCAGAUGCGGGCGCACCUGGAGCAGAAGGUUGCCGAGGACGACGACACGGGCUGGGAAAUGUCAGAUCCGGUGGAGGACGCUGAGGGGAAGGAUGCGGCGGUGGAGAGACGGAGCGGCGUGGCCGAGUCCAUGGGUUCCAUGCACCUGGAAGAUUCGAGCGUGCCUAGCCAGCGGCGUCCGUCCCAGAGCUCGGAGCUGUCCGGGCUCGAGGCGCAUGCUGCCCGGGCGCCGGCACGGUUCCAGUUCCACACGGUCGAAGACUACGAGCGCGAGGCGGCCACGCUGGUGCCAUCGGCGCUUCUGCCGCUCAACAAAUUCCGGUACCACAUGUUCAUGGAGCUCGAGCCGGAGCACAUCGCCGAGGAGAUGACGCGCAUCGACUGGAUCAUGUUCAGCUCGAUCCGGAUUCGCGACAUGGUGCGGCACGUCAGCCUGCCGCACGACCAGAAGGAGAAGUGCCGCAACCUGAAGAACGUCAACCGCAUGGUGUCGCACUUCAACCACGUGGCACAGUGGGUCGCCAACAUGGUGCUCAUCCGCGACAAGGCCAAGCACCGGGCGCCGUGCCUCGAGAAGUUCAUGGUGGUCGCGCAGAAGCUGCGGCAGCUGAACAACUACAACGGCUUGGCGGCCGUGCUGGCCGGCAUCAACGGCGCGGCGAUUCAUCGGCUGGCGCAGACGCGCGCGCUGGUCUCAUCGGACGUGCAGAAGCGCUUCGCCGGGCUCGUGCUGUUGAUGGGCACGCAGAAGAGCCACUUCGCAUACCGGCUGGCGUGGGAGAACUCGCCGCUGCCGCGCAUCCCCUUCAUGCCGCUGCACCGGCGCGACCUGGUGUCGGCCGAGGAGGGCAGCCGCACGUUUGUGGGGCCCCACGCCGACCGCAUCAACUGGAAGAAGUUCGAGGUCCUCGGCGAGGUGCUGCUGCCCAUCAUGAAGAGCCAGGGCCAGCCAUACCAGAACCUGCACCGCAACGAAACCUGCAAGGAGCUGAUUCUGGAUUGUCGUAUGCCGACUGAUGACGAGGACAUUUACCAGCGCAGUCUGCAGGUCGAGCCUGCGACUGGCGGGCCGGCAGAAUCGAGCAAGAAGAAGUUCCCCUGGCUGCCCAAGUAGGACGGGCGGGCGAGGCCUACCGCAAAACUUGCGGCGGCCGACUUCGGCGCGGUGACUCCUGGGGCCGUCAAGAUGUGGUAGCCUCGUCCAACAGGGAGACCGGGUGA